GCAAUGGCUGUAAAUUCACAGUAUUCACAUACCACCACACCAAUUAUAGAAGCUUGGUUAAUUAAAGCUCUUCGUCUUGUGCAUUCAAAAAAAGCUGGCGAUCGUGAGAAACUACGUAAAUUUUAUAAAGAAGCUUGUGAAAAUGAAGCGCAAGUUGUACAUAUGACUAUUGCUGAAGCUCUACGUGAAACUCGCGACAGUAGUAAUACAAAUUAUGAAUCAAUUGAACGAGAUACAUCAAUGUCUACUCACUCUACACAACGAAUCCGUACAACGCAAUCCAUAAAUGAUUCAAACCAAUCUAUAUCUCCAUCGAUUUGUAUAACAACUACUACUAAUACAACUACAAAGGAUUCUAUAGGUUCAGUAAAUAUGAAUCAUAGUGGAACAUCAAUAUAUAAUCCGAUUCCUAUCUCUAAUCCUGAUCAACCUAUAAGCUCGACUAUUAAUAGUAAUAAUAAUCCUGGUAUGCCUACAUCACCAGUGAUUGGAACUACUGUACAUUCUUCCAAUUCAACUAUAAAUCGUACAAACAGGCGUAAUAAAGUAGCAUUUUUCAAUAUUUUCGAUGUUGCUUCAUCAACAUCUACUAACAGUUCCAUAUCAAAUACUACAAUAGUUUCCAAAAAUAAUACAACACAACGGUCUUUAAAUCAGUUAGAUACAACACUCUCAAUCGAAUCAAUUGAUCCCUUGGCUACAACAAUUCAAUUAUGCAAUAUUUCUUCAAUAAAUGAUGAUAAUCAAGAAAUAACAAUGGAUUCAAUGAUUGACUGUACUAGAACAACUAAUAAAAUUUCAAUUAAUUCUGAUUUAUCUAAUCCUAUUAUAGAUCUUACACUUAUUACAGAUAAUGAAACUGCAUCAAUUUCAUCGUCUCUGGCUGUCACUGCUGCUACUGCUACGCCUGCUACUACUGCCUCUGUUACUUUACCUUUAAUUGAAGAUAAAGAACUGUCCACUGCACAAGCAAUGAAUCUUGAUACUGUUAACGCUACAACAACAUCAACAACAACUACCACUACUUUUACUCCUACUUAUGUUUCUACAGUAUCAUCAACAUCACUGCAGUCAUCAUCAUUAUCCACUUCUCCUGUUGUUACUGUUGUUAAUGCGUUGACAAAAUCAAGUCAAGAUAAUUCUAGUUUAAAUAGUAAUAAUAAUAAUAAUAACACUGAUACUGCACGUUUAUUGGCUGCAAGUUUAGUUGCAGAUCUUGUUUGUCGUUUAUGUGGUCGUCUUUCGCAACAACCACAAUUAGAACCUGAUAAUAAAACAAUGAAUGCAAAUGUAUUAGUAGAAUGUAUUCACUGUGGUUCAUUAUAUCAUCAAUUAUGUCAUCAACCAUUGAUUUUAAUGUCAACACCUAAACAACAAUGGUUAUGUAUAAAUUGUUCGACUACUACUAAUACUACUAUCAAUAAUAAUAGUAAUAAUACAAGUACUAUUUUCGGUCCUUCACUAACAUCAUCAUCAAUAUUAUGCACAACUAUAUCAUCUUCUAAUUCUAUGAUUACAAAUUUGACAAUAUCAACUAAUUCGCCUUGUGUGAAUAUGUCAACAAAUCCUACAAUAUCAUAUAAUAUGGUACAAUCUGAUGAAAAUAUUUUGUCAAAAGAUAUCACAGUGAUUACAAAGGAUGACAAUAAUAAUAAUAAUAAUAAUAAUGAAUGUUCUGUUUCAUCAUUGACACAUUAUUCACUUUCAACUAUAUCAAAUCCAAUUCAAUUUCAAUCUUUCGGAAGAACUACAACUAGUGGUAAUAUCACGUGUAAAACGCCAAAACUGUCAUCAAUACCAAUAUCCGCUCUUACUGCUACUACUGCUACUACUACUACUACUACUACUACUACUACUACUACUACUACUACUACUACUACUGUCAGUUCAGCUACACCUACUAGUACAGUUAAUGUUGGUGCACGUAAACGUAAGCCUGCAUUCACAAGUUCAUUAUCUGGUCUACCUCGUAAAUUAAAAGAUGAUUAUAAUUGAUUUUAUUGUCUCUUAUCUGUUUUUCUUUUGUCUUUAAAAUUUAAGUUUGGUGAAAUGAAUUUCAAGUUUAGAUUUGAUGUACUAAUGCAUGAUUAUUUUCUAUUUUAAAUAUCGUGAAAAAGAAUAAAAUUUGUUUCUUUUUAGAUACAUAAGUCUGGUUUCAAUAAAUGCUUCUGAUUCAC